GAAAGAUUCAUUCACUUCACAACUUACAGUUGCUUACAUAAUCACUAUUUUCAGUCAUAGAAAUCCAUACACCUAUGUCAGACACCAUUAAAGUAAAUACAUACCAAUUCGAAGUUUAAUCUCAGGUAAUGCGAUGAGGGGGCCUCUUGAAUUUAAAUAACUCAAUACUAGUCUUUUCUAGACUAGAAAGCUCACAUAUUCCGGAUAUCUUAAUCUAGGUAACCGGAGUGGAGAAGGUAAGUUCCCCAAUUACAGCUGCCAUCAGCUGGAAAUAGUCUUCAUCACUUGGAAUAAAAUACCUUUACCCUUCGGCACUUUCUAAAUUGAUAUAAAAAUCAACAAUUCUGAGUCACAAUCGGACCACCUUCUUCUGUCCGAUAAGAGUGCAUUGAGAGCAAUUAGACCUAUCCUUUGCUCUGGGAACGGUCGAAACGCUCCUAUGGCUCUUCAGUGUCGCGUUUCGAAUCAAUUGAGUCAAUUGGCUGCAAAAGUCUCGGGCGUCCGAUUCUACUCAGCCCCAGUUAAUGGAAGUAUCCCGGCUUCUAAGCGGAAAUAUGUCCCGACAAGCGGCACUUAUCCGCGAGGAUUCAAGGUCUCUGGAACGAUAGUUGGUGUUAAGCCAAAGAACACUACGAAGCCGGAUCUUGCUUUCAUCACAUCUGAUACGCCAUGCGCUGCGGCGGCCGUGUUCACCAAGAACAAAUUCCAAGCCGCGCCGGUGACUUUCAGCCGUGCGCUACUCCAAGAACAGAAGAACUCCGGUCUUCGAGGUGUUAUUAUUAAUUCAGGAUGUGCCAACGCCGUAACAGGCAAGGGCGGCCUUGAGGAUGCCGAGCGCAUGGCUAAGGAAGCUGACAAGAGCCUUGGAGCCGAGAAGGCGACCCUCGUCAUGAGUACAGGUGUGAUCGGACAGAGACUACCUAUCCAGAAAAUCUUGGACGGUAUCCCCAAAGCUUACGAGGGACUUGGCGAUACCCACAAGCACUGGCUGACCACUGCUACUGCGAUCUGUACGACAGACACAUUCCCCAAGCUAAUCUCGAAGACUUUCCACCUACCGUCUUCACCAUCGAUAGAGUAUCGCAUCGCUGGAACGACCAAAGGUGCUGGCAUGAUUCAUCCGAACAUGGCAACCCUUUUGGGUGUGAUUGCGACCGAUGCUCCCAUCUCACCUGCUGUUAUCCCGCCCGUCCUGAAGUAUGCUGCAGAUCGGUCUUUCAACAGUAUUACCAUUGAUGGAGAUACUUCUACAAAUGACACAAUCGCUCUACUGGCAAACGGGGCUGCAGGAGGUCAAGGCGUAACCUCAGAGAACUCGGCCGAUUUCCAAGCAUUCCGAGAUGUCGUCACCGACUUCGCGAUUGAUCUUGCUAAGCUCGUGGUACGGGAUGGUGAAGGUGCUACUAAAUUCGUAACCAUUCGAGUAACCGAAUCCUCAAGCGAGGAAGGUGCUCGAAAGAUCGCUAGUACCAUUGCGAGAUCCCCUCUUGUCAAGACUGCGCUAUACGGCAAAGACGCGAACUGGGGCCGAAUUCUCUGCGCGACAGGUUACUCGCUUAUCAGCGAACCCGGAAAUCCCAUCAACGACGUAGCCGAGAUCGUACCCGAGAAAACGAAUGUCUCUUUUGUCCCCACGGAUGGCAGCCCGGAGUUGAAACUACUAGUCAAUGGCGAGCCCGAGGUAGUUGAUGAGACCCGAGCUGGUCAAAUCCUGGAGCACGAGGAUCUUGAAAUCCGUGUUAGACUCGGGACUGGUGAUAAGGAGGCCACCUACUGGACUUGCGAUUACAGCCACGAGUAUAUCACAAUCAAUGGCGAUUACCGAACCUAGUCAUUGACAUCUGGAUGCCGUUGUUUUCCGGCUCAAUAGGAAUGAGUACUGAAUGUGAUUAUCUCAUCGUCGUUAGAUGACUUAGAUAUGGCUUGGCUAUGAGUUGAAGGCAAUUUACUUUGUCAUGAUAGAUCCCGAGUUUGCAGCUCCAUGAAUUCAUGGUAGAUGCGCGUCUCCUAGUUGUAUAUCCGUGAAUGUGAAUGAGUAGAAUUAUAGAUGAAUCAAGGAUACAUAGGUAGAAAAUGUAUUAAAAAUGCAAGUAACGACUAUGUAAUGACAGAUUCAUCAUAAGAUAAAAGGAGAAGGAUCAAAGGGAAG